CUUCAGUAUUUUCCCUAUUCUCUUUUCUUUCCCAGCUUUAAAACAGUAACAUUACUACCUUUAAUUGAUGAAAUCAAUAAAUUUAAAAUAUGAUAAAUGUCAUUAGGGUAAUAUAGAUCAAAACCACAAGAUACCAUUUCACAUCCACUAGGAUGGCAAUAAACAAAAAGACAGUGACAAAUGUUGGUAAGGAUGGGCAUGAAAAACACUGCAGCCACUUUGGAAUGCUGUUUGGCAUUCAAACAGUAUAACAGUUAACAUGUGACCCACUAGUUUACUCCUAGAUAUCAACCCAGGAGGAUUGAAAGCAUGUAUCUGUACAAAAACAUAUAUGAAAAUGUUUGUAGCAGCAUUAUCCAUAAUAGCCAAAACAAGCAACUCAAAUAUCUAUGAAGUAACAUGGAUAAACAAAAUAUGGUAUAUACAUCCAGUGGACUAUUUUGCUAUAAAAAGAAAUGAAGUGCUGAUAUAUGCAACUAUAUAGAUUAAACUUAAAAACAUUGCAUUGCCUGAAUUAAGCCAGUUAUAGAAGAUCACAAAUUCUGUAAUUGCAUUUAUAAAUAAAAGGAUACCACAAAAGAAAAAACUGUUUCCUACUAUCUACUCUGAUAUACUCAAUACAAUACUUAAAAAAAAAUUAAUGUGUUUGAAUGGCACAAUGUUAGAGAUAGAGAUCUUUAAAUGUUGAUUUACUCCCCAAUUGGUCAAAAUGGCCAGGCCAGGAGCCAGAGCUCCCAUGUUGGUGGCAGGAGCCCAAGCAUUUAACCCAUCUACUACUGCUUUCUCAGAUGCAUUAGCAGGGUAUGAAACUGCUCUUUGUGAAGAUGAAAGUCAUCUGGACUUAGUAGUGAUCAAUGCACAACUUUGUGAAUUUACUAAACAUUGCAAAUUAUAUACUUUUUUAAAAAAGAUUAUGUAUUUAAAAGGCAGAGUUACAAAAAGGCAGAGGCAAAGACAGAAGGAGGUCUUCCAUCCACUGGUUCACUCCCCAAAUGGCUGCAGUGGCCGGAGCUGGACUGAUCCGAAGGCAGGAGCCAGGAGUUUCUUCAGAGACUCCCAAGUGGGUGCAGGGCCCAAGAGCUUGGACCAUCUUCUGUUGCUUUCUCAGAGCAUAACAGAGAGCUAGAUAGGAAGUGGAGCAGCCAAGACUCGAAAUGGCACCCAUUUGGGAUGCUGAGUUCAUGGAAAAUGUGUAGUAAGAAAAAUUGGAUUUCAGGGCCGGCAUUGUGGCAUAAUGCAUUAAGGCAUUGUCUGUGAUGCCAGCAUCCCAUAUGGGUACUGGUUGGAGCUCCUGGGAAAGGAAUGGAGAAUGGCCCAAGUUCUUGGGCCCCUGUACCAAUAUGGGAGAUCCAAGUGAAACUCCUGGUUUUGUCCUGGCCCAGCCUCAGACUUUGCAGCCUUUUGGGGAGUGAUCCAGUGGAUAGAACAUCUGUUUCUCUUCUUUCUUUGUAACUCUACCUUUCAGAUAAAUAAAUCUUUAAAACAAAACAAAACAAAAAACUGGAUUUCUAAAAUUUUUGUACUAAAAUAUACUUUUAGUUCUAUUUUCCGUAAACAUUUUGCAUCUCAAUAAGUUGUUAGGUUGAAAACAACAGCAAAGAAAACUUAUGUACAAGAAAUGAUUUGUUGUGGGUGGGAUAUGACAACUUUCUGCUAUCUGAGAGUUACAGUUGAACUUUCAAGAGGUCGUUUUCGCUGACUUUCCCUUCUACCGUUUCCUCAAGUGAAUUCGUUUAUUCAACAGAUAGUUAUUCAUCAUCUGUUUCUGGAGGCUCUGUUGUAAGCUGUGAGGAUGGAGAAUAUGAAUAACACAGGCAAAGUUCCUAUUCUCAUGAUACUGACUUUCCAGCUUGUCAGGAUCUCUCAGACUAUGAGAAGACAACGAAAUGAAGUUGUAGUUGAAUUAAGGAAGAAUAAAAGAGAUGAACAUCUCUUAAAGAGAAGGAAUGUACCGCAUGAAGAUAUCUGUGAAGACUCUGAUAUAGAUGGUGAUUAUAGAGUGCAAAAUACCUCUCUAGAAGCUAUUGUUCAAAAUGCUUCAAGUGAUAACCAAGGAAUUCAAUUAAGUGCAGUUCAGGCUGCUAGAAAGCUUUUGUCCAGUGAUCGAAAUCCACCAAUUGAUGACUUAAUAAAAUCUGGAAUAUUACCUAUUUUAGUUCAUUGUCUUGAAAGAGAUGACAAUCCUUCUUUACAGUUUGAAGCUGCAUGGGCUUUGACGAACAUUGCAUCUGGAACCUCUGAACAAACUCAAGCAGUAGUUCAAUCCAAUGCUGUGCCACUUUUCCUGAGGCUUCUUCAUUCACCCCAUCAGAAUGUCUGUGAGCAAGCAGUAUGGGCUUUGGGAAAUAUCAUAGGUGAUGGGCCCCGGUGUAGAGAUUAUGUCAUAAGUCUUGGAGUUGUGAAACCUUUACUUUCGUUCAUAAGUCCAUCUAUUCCUAUAACAUUCUUAAGAAAUGUUACUUGGGUUAUGGUCAACUUAUGUCGCCACAAAGACCCACCACCACCAAUGGAAACCAUUCAAGAGAUUCUUCCAGCCCUUUGUGUUUUAAUUCAUCAUACAGACGUAAAUAUUUUGGUAGAUACAGUGUGGGCCCUCUCUUACCUUACUGAUGCUGGCAAUGAACAGAUACAGAUGGUAAUAGACUCUGGAAUAGUUCCUCAUUUGGUUCCUCUGCUCAGCCAUCAGGAAGUUAAAGUUCAGACAGCUGCACUUAGAGCUGUGGGCAACAUUGUUACUGGAACUGAUGAGCAAACACAAGUAGUUUUGAACUGUGAUGCUCUUUCACACUUCCCGGCACUCCUGACACAUCCCAAAGAGAAAAUUAAUAAAGAAGCAGUGUGGUUCCUCUCUAACAUCACUGCAGGAAAUCAGCAGCAGGUUCAGGCAGUAAUUGAUGCCAAUCUUGUACCAAUGAUAAUACACCUUUUGGAUAAGGGGGAUUUUGGCACUCAGAAAGAAGCUGCUUGGGCCAUAAGUAACUUAACAAUUAGUGGAAGGAAAGAUCAAGUGGCCUACCUUAUCCAACAAAAUGUUAUCCCACCUUUUUGCAACUUGUUGACUGUAAAAGAUGCACAAGUUGUGCAAGUAGUACUCGAUGGACUAAGUAAUAUAUUAAAAAUGGCUGAAGAUGAAGCAGAAACCAUAGCCAAUCUUAUAGAAGAAUGUGGAGGACUGGAGAAAAUUGAACAACUUCAAAAUCAUGAAAAUGAAGACAUCUACAAAUUGGCCUAUGAGAUCAUUGAUCAGUUCUUCUCUUCAGAUGAUAUUGAUGAAGAUCCUAGCCUUGUUCCAGAGGCGAUCCAAGGUGGAACAUUUGGUUUCAAUUCAUCUGCCAAUGUACCAACAGAAGGGUUCCAGUUUUAGAAAGAUGUUGUGGAAGUUAGGUACAAUGCAGCACUGAGAUAUAUAUAUAUAUAUACAUAUAUAUAAAAAGGUUUGAUCCAUCAAGCUUGGCUCAUGGGAUCUGCUGCUGCAUUAAAUCGGGAAAGAAAAUGUGAAGAUUUCAUUUGGAAUCACAGAAAAUGCCCAAAUGAGGUCUAGAUGGCGAGUGGGUGCGAGUGAGAAUGAGUGGCAAAUGUAAUGAAAACUUUACAUGGAUGCUUAUAUAGGUUGUUCAAAGUAAAAAGGGCUACAGGUCACAGAUCUUCAGUGCCUGAGAAAGGAACAUUGACUUAACUCUAUAUCAAUUGAGGGGAAAUGCAGUAUUGUCAUCUUCAAGCCUUGUAAGCAUAAAAGAGAAAAGAAUGCCCAUAUAAGUCAAAGGAACAUGAGCCCAGGCCUUGCUAUGAAGCAGUGUGUGAGUGGACAAUGUUGAAUGAAUGUCUGGCUCAGUGAUAAAGAGCCAGGUUCAUCUUUCAAAUCUAGGGCUCUUCACUCAUGAAGCAGACUCCUAGUCCUGGAGUGACUGUGUACGAGAGUGUGGUUGUGGUGCUGUAUGUGAACGCAUGCAAGCUUGAUUCGCCUUCAGGGGGGCUGAUAACAAACCUAGUAAAUCAUCAGAGUGAGAUCAUAAGUGUUAUUGUACACUGGACAUGAAAACAAAGACCGGUUUAGCAGCAGACAUUGGUUUACUCUGCAGCCUGUGUUUUCUAUUUCCUCUAUUCCCUUUCCCCAUCCCACCCUUUUUUUUUUUUUUUUAAUUUACUUUACCUAAUAUGGCUUUUUUUUUUAGUUGCUUCUCAAGUCAGAAAACUUCAGGAAGGUUUCCCUGUGCAUUUGCACCAGAUGAAUGUUUGAUGCUAUGAAAAGCUUUCCAUAUCAUCAAAACUAAUUUGUGUAGAUUUUUGCAUGAAAAAAAUCAUAAAUUUCCCUCAAAAUAGACUGUGUUGCAGUACACAAGUUGCCAUAAUAGUAUAAAAACAGUAAAAUGUGCUUAAAAGGCCAUCCUUUUCAUUUUCAGAGAUAACAUAAAGAUCUUUGCAUGAAGUAAAUCUACAGCAUAGUUCAUUUUUAGAUUUUGUUGAGUCCUGUAAAGAAGAAGAAGAAAAAAGUUUCAGUUGUGGUAGAAUACCGUGCUGUGUUUAAAUGUUACUUGUUUUCAAACUUUGUUUUCUAUGAAAAUGAUAUGGAAACUUCUAAAAUGGAAUUUGGUGCAUAUGUACUGCUGAAUAAAGACCGAUGAAGAGGUUUGAGUAGAUGUACAAAUCAAGUAAUGGUUUGAACACCUUUAAUAAUAUGCCUAAUCUGUUCAAUUGUUUUAGAAUCUUUUUAUCUUAGAUGUAGGCAGCCAUGAACAAUCUAUUUUGAGCCACUUUAGAGAGAAAACUUUGUAUUUUUAAAACUUGCAUAAAAGUUAUGCAAGUGGUUUUUAUAAAUUGGAAUAAUGCCUCAGUUUUGAGGUUAUGCACACUAAAUUAAAUGUGACAUAAAUUAAUUUGUACAAAAAGAACUCUUUAUAAGGUGGCUCAUUGUAGGAAAUCCUGUGCCUUCCCCUUUGAGCACAAGUGUUGCAUGAACAACAGUUUGCUAUAAGAAACAUACCAGAUUAGCCACCAUUAGCAUCUAUAUCUACUUUGUGUUUAAAAAUCAACUGGUAAUUCUGAAACACUGUAGAAUGGAUAAAAAUUAUUUUGUGAUCAUAACUCUUUGUUGAACUAGAGUAUUUUUGCAGCAUUCCUUGUCAUCAGAAACAUGGUUAAAGUUUAAAACUAGAAGCAGCAGAAAACUAGCUUGUAAAAUUUAUCCAAGUAGACUGCAGGCUAGGCUGUCUUGGGGAAAUAAACAUUAAAACUUAAAGCAAUGUUUUACAUGGGA